AUGCUGAGGACCAUAGGACCAUCACAUAUAAUUCCAAUACUGAGACAGCAAGGUGUAAGAGCAUACUCUCCAGCUGUGUCAUUUUCGGACAUAACGAAGAAAAGAGAUUCAAGAUCAGAACCUGAGACCUUCCUAUCGAAUACUAAUGUAUCGAAAACGGGAGGCUCUAGUAGAUUUAACGCUCCACAAAUUACCCUUGCUAAUGUGACGAGCCCAUUCGGUUCCACGGGGAAGAAUGGCACUAAUGUGGUUGUUAGAUACUUAAUGAGUUGCCUUUUUACUAAGAAUAACACACAUAUUACAUAUUCUGCUGUGGUGGAAGAUACAAGUUUCCAACAAAAGAAUCCAACCAUGUCUUAUAAUGAGAAAUACUUGUAUUACUGUAAAUUACCGCAUAAGGUAAAAUUUGCUAUUUCAACAGGAUGUCUUGGAUUUAGGAAAGCUGCCAGGGGUGAGUAUGAAGCUGGAUUUCAAACUGCAACUAGAGCUUUCCAAAUGAUUGAAGAAAAAGGGUUGUUGGAUAAGAAUAUUGAAAUUGUCAUGAAGGAUUUUGGUAAGGGGAGAGAAGCGUUUAUUUCAGCGUUGAAUGGGAAAGAAGGUAAUGUCGUAAGAAAUAAAAUUUCAAGGAUUUGGGAUAAAACUCCUUUGAAAUUUGGUGGGGUUAGGUCACCCAAGAUUAGGAGGUUAUGA